AUGGCGACGGGUACAGCGACGACCACGGCUACGGCCACAAGCACCGCGCGGGUGAGUCCGCAGGGCGGCAUCCUCGAAGGAGGAAACCCCACGCAUUAUGACUCCAAGAACCCGAUUAUAUUGUUUAUCAUCCAGGCAGUUAUUAUCAUCACCCUCUGUCGCCUCAUCCACUGGCCUCUGUCCAAGAUCCGCCAGCCGCGAGUCAUCGCAGAGGUGAUUGCGGGGAUUCUCUUGGGACCGUCGGUGAUGGGCCGUAUUCCAGGCUUCACUGAUACCAUUUUCCCGGACGCAGCUAUCCCCAACUUGAACGUGGUAGCUAAUCUGGGGCUGGUGCUUUUCCUCUUUUUAGUGGGCUUGGAGACUGACCUGCGCUUUCUUAUGAGCAACUGGCGUGUUUCGCUGGGGGUUUCGGCUCUGGGCAUGGCCUUGCCAUUUGGUCUCGGCUGUGCAAUCUCAUAUGGUCUCUACCAUGAAUUUCACGAUGAUCCCAGUACUGUGCCCAUCAGCUUUGGCACCUACCUGUUAUUCAUUGGUAUCGCAAUGGCCAUCACCGCCUUCCCGGUCUUGUGCCGUAUUCUGACAGAGCUGAAGCUACUCGGAACCCGCGUCGGCGUCAUCGUUCUUUCGGCAGGCGUUGGCAAUGACGUGGUAGGAUGGAUCCUGCUGGCUCUAUGUGUGGCCCUGGUAAAUGCGGGAAGUGGGAUCACCGCAUUGUACGUGCUCCUGGUCUGCGUAGGCUAUAUGCUCUUCUUGAUCUUCGUCUUCCGGCCUGUCUUCUUCCGCUUCUUGGAGCGCACCGGAAGCUUGCAGAAAGGCCCCAGUCAGUCUGUCGUGGCCCUGAUCUUGGUUAUCGCCUUGGCUUCGGCCUUUUUCACACAGAUCAUUGGCGUCCACGCCAUUUUCGGCGGCUUUGUCAUUGGGUUGAUGUGCCCCCACGAAGGUGGAUUUGCCAUCAAACUUACAGAAAAGAUCGAAGAUCUGGUUACGGCGCUGUUCCUACCCCUUUAUUUCACGCUUUCCGGUCUCAGCACAAACCUAGGACUUUUGGACACUGGGACCGUGUGGGGCUAUGUGGUCGGUGUAAUUGCUAUCGCUUUUACAACCAAGGUGAUUGGAGGCGCGCUCGCAUCUCGCUGGUCUGGAUUGCUGUGGCGUGAAAGCUUUUCCAUUGGUGUAUUGAUGAGUUGCAAAGGGUUGGUGGAAUUGAUUGUGUUAAAUAUCGGUCUUCAAGCCAAGAUCCUGAGUACUCGUACAUUCACCAUUUUCGUGGUCAUGGCGUUAGUCACUACCUUUUUGACCACUCCAUUGACCACGGUGCUCUAUCCUCCCUGGUAUCAGGUCAAGGUGGAGCGAUGGCGUCGCGGCGAAAUCGACUGGAAUGGGAAUACCUUACAAACCGGUAACCGGUCUGAUAGUGUUGCGGCAGCCAAAGACCAGUUGAAGAGUGUGCCUGUGCGAAAGUUGCUUGUUUAUCUUCGCCUAGAUGGACUUUCUGGUAUUUGCACCUUGGCCGCUUUGCUCAGCCCUCAUCGUGGCAAUGUUCUAUCAUCGCCACGAGUGCAUCCGGCAAAUUCACCAAGGCAGACAGAACAGAGUGUGGAAGACGCUGUUGCGUCCGAUGACCACAAAGAAGCAGCGCUCAAAGUUCAUGGUGUGCGGCUCAUGGAGUUGACAGAUCGUGACUCUAGUGUCAUGAAAGUGUCCUCUGGUGACCAGGCUCUCUGGGAUCCAGUCGUCAAUACCUUCCGUGCGUUCGGAGAGUGGCAUGAUGUAUCGCUCUUGGCGGGUGUUUCCGUCGUCCCCGAACACUCUUACGCGGCUACUGUUAUCGAUAUGGCCCGACAGGAUACGGUAGACCUUCUUUUGCUCCCAUGGAGCGAGACUGGCACAUUGGCUGAUCGUCAGAGUGGUCUGGAAUCGGAAACGGCUGGCCGUUUUGCUGACGGUCCAUAUACUGAUUUUGUCUCAUCCAUUCUGCAAAAUGCCCCCAACAAUGUGGGGAUCUUGAUCGAAAAUAACCCAGAAUCUCGUGCGGCUUCUAAACGCCCAAUGCUUCAGCAUUCUUCCAGUGGAAUGAGUAUUCAGGGUGUUUGGUCUCGACAGCCUUCGACCAACCGCUCCCACCAUCUUGUGUUUCCUUUCUUUGGUGGCGAGGAUGACCACUUUGCUCUUCGUUUGGUGCUGCAGUUGGCCCAGAACGACCAAGUGACCGCCACUAUUAUCCAAGCCACCGGAUUGCAGGCAGACACGACGAAUUUUAGCUCAAGCGAGUUAGCUGCAAAAACUUCAAGUAGUCACUCGGACAUCGUUUUCCUCGAAACUCUUCGUGACUCUGUCUCUGAAGGACUGAAAGAUCGUGUUCUCUUCCUGCAGCCUAAUUCAUUAGAGGCUAUUACUGACCCGGUUGAACUGGCUCUGGCUUCUGUGCGUCACGAGUUGGGCCAAGCGACAAACAAGACUGGUAGUAUUGUCAUUGUCGGACGGCGCAGUGGUCCUAGCGAGCCGAGCUUUGAUAUUGAUGCUUCUGCUGCCCAGAGCAUCGGAUACGAUGCUCACCGGGCACUUGGAACUGUAGCGGCAGCCAUGGUACGGCCAGAAAAUAAGGUGUUUGGCAGCAUACUUGUUUUGCAGGCUGGUGUCAGCAACGCGUACCGUUGA